UGGAGCCGUAAUAUGUGGCAACAUAAAAUUUUUCAGAGGGCUGAAAAUGAAUAUUUGGACUCCCCAUGUACAGAACGUUGGGCUCCUACUUAGUGACUAGAGAUUUAUUUAAAAUGAGAUUUAUUUUUACUUAGCCUGGAAUGACUCAGGAAAGCCUAUCUGACUAGAAAUUAGUGUGAAAGUAAGCAAAGUAAAAAAAAAAAAAAAAAAUCAGAACCUUCCACAAGUAUGCAGUCUGAAGAUGAAAAGCACGACAAAAGCAAAAUAUAAUAAGUACUUUGGGACUUUUGCACAGUAUACUCAACAGCUGAGAUGUAACUCCUUCAGCUGAGUAUCCUCCCACCCUCCACCUCUUCCUCCUCAUUUGUCUCUGUCGCCGCCUUUGAGGAGGAGAGCAGCGGAGCUCAGCUCAGUGCAUCGACGGCUCUCCUCCGCGCGUCAUGCGGACAUCCUCAUCCUCGCCCCUCGGACACCGUAGCGCCACCCGGACCUCCCACACACCUCCCGGAGAACCGUUCACUUCUUGCUUGCCUCCAGCACUUGCCGCGGAAACACAUAUUUGUGUUCCUUCUUGAAGAGUUAUUUAAGUACAGAUUUAUUUAUUAACUUGCUUCUUGAGACUACUUUGGGAAGCGUGAGUCCUUUCCCGGGUCAGUUUGCUGCUUUCUGGACGCCCAAGGAUGAACAGCUUCCUUCACCUGGCUCUGCUCCUGCAGCUGGCGCUCUGGGAAACGACGGAGGCCAUGCACCCAGACUGUGCUGUGGUGUUGCAGCACAUGAAGGCUCAAGAAGAAUGCUACGAUAUUCUUGAACAGGAAGAAAACAACUACUCAUCCAAGACAGGUUGCCCAACAGAUUGGGAUGACAUUUACUGCUGGCACCGGGCCAAUGUGGGACAGGUGAUCAGGGUUUCAUGUACGAACAUCUCUAAGCUGUUUGCCGACAACCAAGCAUAUGUUUCAAGGAACUGCACAGAAAAGGGCUGGUCCGAACUCCUGGACUACCAUGACACCUGUGUGUUUAAAGAUGUUGAAGAGCAGGAGCCAGUGACAACAUAUUUCUCCAACUUUAAACAGGUGUACACUGCUGGCUAUGCUACCUCACUCAUCUCACUUAUAUCAGCUAUUUUUGUCUUCACUGUUUUUAGGAAAUUUCACUGCACCAGGAACUACAUCCACAUAAACCUGUUCUUCUCCUUCAUCCUGAGAGCCACUGCUGUCUUCGUCAAAGACCUGGUUCUUUUUUCUGAUGCAGAUCUGGACCACUGCUUCAUGUCAACUACAGCCUGCAAGUCUGCUGUGGCCUUUUUCCAGUUUAGUAUCCUGGCCAACUACUUCUGGCUACUGGUGGAGGGGAUGUAUCUACAGACGCUGCUAGCACUCACCUUCGUCUUUCAAAAGAAAUACUUCUGGUGGUAUAUACUAAUCGGUUGGGGUCUACCGACGAUAAUCAUUGCAACCUGGAUUCUCACUAGAAACUUCUACAAUAAUAAGGGGUGCUGGGAUGACACAGAUGUGGCCUUCAUCUGGUGGAUCAUUAAGGGUCCAAUAACUGCCUCCCUACUGGUGAACUUCAUCAUCUUUCUAAACGUGAUCCGUAUUCUGGUUCAGAAGCUGACGUCUCCUGGAGUCGGUGGCAACAAUACGAGUCACUUUAAGCGACUGGCCAAAUCCACACUGCUGCUCAUCCCACUUUUUGGGAUGCACUACAUGGUGUUCGCCUUCCUACCGGAAAAUACAGGAGCAGAAGCUCGGAUCAUCAUCGAGGUUGGCAUGGGAUCCUUCCAGGGAUUUGUUGUAGCCUUGCUGUACUGUUUCCUAAAUGGAGAGGUGCAGGCUGAGUUGAAGAAGCGAUUUUGGAAGUGGCAGACUGAGAGUUACCUGAACUACAGUAAACGACGGCGUACGCUGUUCAACGAAAGCAGCACGGUCACACAGAUAUCUGUUCUGGACAAAUCCAGUCCCAAAGAGCAGCAGAGCUCCGAAUCACAUGCCCUUACACCCAACAAUGUGUCUGCAGUCUGAAAACCAUGAGACGGGUCCAGCAGAUGAGUUGUUGUUGUUUUUUUGUAUCGCACAGAUCAUGCUGUGCAUAGACUACACCUCAGAGCCUGGUUGUUGGCGGGUGUGUUUAUCCUGAACUGUGAGACCUCUGAACUUGCUGUGCAAGAAGUCGGCAUCGUCCCACACACGUUUUACAGCACAUUCAGAUUUCCCCCCAGACACCAGAGUUUACAGUGUUGCUGGAAAACUACGUCAUUUGCUUUGGGGCAACUCCUCCACAUUUUACUUUCCAACACUGAACUCUUUCUGCUAUUUAAAGAAGAGAUAAGAAAAAAAAAACAAAAGGUGAACAGGAGCCUUGUUCAAAACUGAAGUAAAUCAAGGUGGAGCAGAAAUGAAAAGAAGUACAUUUUAAUUCAACACAGUCCCAAAGCUUUGAUUUACCAGUCUUUUUAUUAAGUUAGAAUAGAAAAUUUGUCACAAACAACUCAACUAAAAACAACAAAAUACAUUACAUCAGAAAAUAAAAGAUUUUGUACAGUGAACAAAGAGAGUUUUUAUUAUGUCAAAUGUUCACAUUUUCCCAACAGACACAAACUAAAAUGGCUUUGUGGUACUAUAAGUACAAAAAUACUUAAUAAGAGAUUAAGGUGUACAUUUUCUUUCUCAGUCGAUGCUGAACCUGCAGCCGCAAUACUGACCUGAAUCCUGAACAUAAGUAGCCAUUUCUUUUGCCUGUACUCUGUGUCAUUAUGGGUAAUAAUUUUAAUCUGGCGGAUGCCUUUAUGAGGAACUCUUGGGUGCAGUAAGAGGAAAUCAUACUUGUAUACAAAGAUUAUCAAUUCUUUUCAUCAGUUGCUACUCUGACAGUUGUAAAAUUAUAUGAUCAAUAAAUGAGAUACUUUUUUUUUCAGUAGGUAAGGCAUAUUUUACGUUUAAACUUUUAGCCUCUAGCUGAAUAACUGAAGGUUUCCUACAAUCCCUUAGAUGCCGUGCAACAUCAACACCCAAUUUCACAACAAUUCUGCUGGCUUUCAGGAAGAAUUCAGAAUCAAACAUAUUUAUAAGCUUUUCUCACUCUUAAUGUUUUACUUUUAAAGUCAAGGAAUCCAAGGGGUUCCAUGUUUCUUUUCAUCUAAGCAGACUUCACAGCUGAGCCAUCUUUUUUUUUUUUUUUUUUGGACCUAUGACGUUAGAUUGCAAAAGGAGAUG